UUGGGGAAGAGAGUAAAUAGAGAGAGAAGCCUCAAGAUGGCUGACUCGCUGGGCUCUGUUCACCUCACAGGGGCUGCUACUGCGGUAGACCCAGCAGUCGCCUCCGUCAAAAACACGCUCCCCAAGCCGACGGAGGCGAAAAGAGCCCCCGACAACCGCCCUCAGCUCUCCCGGGAGAUGAACCCGCCGCCGCCCAAGAAGGUCCGAGGAGAGGAGAGGAGCGUUAAACCCAAGAAACUCAGCAGGGACGGAGGAGGAGGAGGAGGAGGGGGAGGAGUGGGAGGCAACGGCAGCGGCAAAGAGAAACUCCAACAGCCCACGAAGGAGCAGCAGAGUUAUGGCAGUGGAACAGCGGGUUUGUGGAGCUUCAGCCCGGCCAAGGCGAACAGCAACAACCCCCUGGUGCCUGCUACCGGUGGAGCCCAACCGCCGACAAACACGCAUAAAGUCUUCAAACAGAGCGAUUUCUUCCUCCACAAAGCGCCUUCCUCCUCCAAACCUAAGAAACCGAGUAAAGAUAAACAGAGGGAGAAGGGGAAAGGAGGCGGAGAGGAGAAGAAGAAACACAAACUAUUGUUGACCUCUGGUUCUGGGACUAAUGUUAGUAACAACGAUAUCAGCAGAUUUAAUAACAUUUCUGCAGUGAAGCGAGAAAACGGGGAGGUCACGUUGCCACCCAAAGAGCAUUCCACCAAUGACAAGGCAAAGGACCGGGACCGAGAGGAGAGAGAGAAGAAGAAGGUCAAAGAAAAAGAGCGAGAAAAGGAGAAGAAGCAUAAAGUGAUGAACGAGAUCAAGAGGGAGAACGGAGAGGUCAAGCAGCCGAUUAAAGAUGAAAAAGAGAAAAUCAAGAUAAACUCAGAGGAGCUGCAGAUCAAAAAAGUGAAGAAGAAAAAGAAGAAGAAACACAAAGAAGGAGAAAAGCACAAACGAGUGAAGAUGUACCACCGCUCUUGCCAAACCAUUUGUGCUGGAUUACUUCUCCUCCCUCCAUCCUCUUCAUCUCCCACGUCUCCCUCCUCCUCUACUCCAGCUCUCAUCUCCUCCCUCUCUCCGUUUAAGCCUCCACUACCCGUUUACCCUCCACCUAACAACAAAACCACACAUCUCCUGCCCUCCUCCGCAUCGCUUGCCUCCAAAUCCCUGUUUAGCUCCUCUGUUUGUCACUCCCCCAACUCUUUAUCGUCCUCCAUCAAGACGCCACACCAGUCCCCGACCAAACACCCACGGCAGUGCAGCUAUCCUGGGAUGGCAGACCUUGAGUUUGCUUCAUACAUCCAUAUAGAGAACCAGCCUAACGGAGGAGCCUUGGUGGCUCAUGCCUACACAUCCCAGCUCUCCUCUCUCUCAAUGGGACAGAGGCAGAGAUUCGCCCAGGAGUUUGUCACCUUGGCGUUCAGCGAGGACUCGUCCAAGGCAGCUCAUUAUGUUAUGGGAAUUAUCCAUGGAGAGGCUAGCUACCUGCCUGACAUCUUGGAAUACUUUUCAACCAAGUUCCCAUCAGCUCCAGUCAAAAUGGAAAUUCUGGGAAAGAAAGACAUAGAAACUACCACCAUGUCUAAUUUUUACUCUCAGGUGAAGAAAUCUUACAGUCACGGUACAUACAGAGCUGGGGCAAUGAGACAGAUCAGUCUGGUGGGAGCUGUGGAUGAAGAGGUCGGAAAUUAUUUCCCAGAAUUCCUCGGCAUGCUGGAAGAGUCACCCUUUUUGAAGCGAACUCUUCCAUGGGGAACAUUCUCCAGUCUGAGUCUAAUGAAUCCCAGAGAGAGCGACGAUGGUCCAAUAAUGUGGGUCAGACCAGGAGAACAGAUGAUACCUGUAGCUGAUAUACCAAAGUCGCCUUUCAAAAGAAAACGCUCCACCAAUGAAGUGAAGAACCUGCUCCAGUCUCUACCCAGGACAAGUGAGCCCAGAGAGAUGCUGUUUGAGGAUCGCACUCGGGCCCACGCUGAUCACAUCGGUCAGGGAUUUGAGCGCCAGACAACAGCGGCUGUCGGAGUGCUGAAGGCUGUGCGAUUUGGAGAAGGCACGGAGCCUCCUCGUGUAACCAAAGAUGUUGUGUGUUUCCAUGCUGGUGACUUUCCUUACGUAGUUCAGAGGCUGCAGCUGGACUUACAUGAACCUCCAUUGUCUCAGUGUGUACAGUGGGUGGACGAUGCCAAACUAAACCAGCUGCGUCGUGAGGGCAUUCGCUAUGCUCGUAUCCGCCUGUGCCAUGAUGACAUCUACUUCAUCCCUCGUAAUGUUGUCCACCAGUUCAAGACGGUGUCGGCCGUCUGCAGCCUGGCAUGGCACAUCCGCUUACGACAGUACCACCAAGAGGAGGCCCAAGAGGAGGAAAGCAAGGAGGAAGAAGGAAAAGAAAUGAAGGAAGAGGAGAAAAAUGUUGAUCUAGAGGAAGAGGGGGAAAUGGUAGAGUUGAAGGAAAAGAAGGAAGAUGAGGGGAGGAGAGAGAAAAAGAGUGAGAAAGGAGUGAAGGAGAGGAUAAAACAGGAGGCGGAGGAAGUGGAUACAGCAGAAAACAGGACAUUGCCAGCUGUGAAAAUUGAGGCGGAGGUUCAUAUUCUUCCUGUGCUACAAAAUCCACCUCUUUUAUCUCAGCCUUGUCCCUCAGGAGAGUCGGAGAGGGAGGGGGUGAAAGAAGGAGAGAGUAUCAAACAGCAGGAUCCUCCUCCUGCAGCUCCUCUCUGUAAGAGCAGAUCACCUUCACCUCCUCAUCAGGACAUAAAACCCAAAGCGUCAUUAAAGCAUCAUCACCAACAUCGCCAUCACUUGGACAGUAGAACGACGUCUUCCAGCAGCACAGUUUCCUCUUCCUCAGCUCUUAAAUCACCCCUCACGCCCCCACGCUCAAAGUCUUCCUCUUCCUCUUCUUCAUCGCCCACAGCUGGACCUACUGUCACUCCUUCGCGCUCCUCUUUGUCACCCUCUGUGGCCCCUGUUCCACCUUCUACCUCUGCUCCUUGUCCUGUUCCAUCCUCAUCUUCCCCCUCAUCAACCUCCACAUCAUCACUGACGAAUCCCAAGCUCACAGCGGACACAAACUCCUCGCAUCUCCUCACCCUUCCUCCUUCCACUGCGUCUUCCCAGCUGCCCUCCUCCUCUCAGUCAGAUCAGCCGAAGGUCAAAGACUCGUAUCGCCUCAUGAUGUCAUCAGACACACGGACACAGGUGCUUCCAGAAGUAAGGAUGCCACAGGGAUCACAUGAGAGGCGAACACCCCCCGUGGACAUACAGACAUCUGUGAACUCACAAGCAGAAACACGCACACACAUGGUAUCUGACACAUGGGCACCAACGCCAACAGACACACGGACACAUGUCCCUGAGAAGUGGACUCGCAGUGUGGACUCCAGGACAAACAUGGACUCGCAUCUUCCACAGGAUGUCGGCAGGCCCGGACUUUACAUGCAGCAAUACGCACCGCACCUCCCCCCUCCCCCUCCUCCACCUCACCCUCCUCCACCUCACCCUCAUCUCCCUCAAAUGCUUCCCCCGUCGUUCUCCCACCUUUUGCACAGACCCCCGAUCUACCCCCCAAAUCCCCUUUCCAGUCCCCCUGUCCCAUCGCAGCCUCAGACCCUCAACUCUUUCCUCAGUCAAACACCGCCUCCUCAUUCAGUUCACCUCAGCCAUCUUCACCUACAUCCCCCACACCAACCAAAUAUCACCACCCAGUCUCAACCAUACUACCCCCAAAUGCCCCAGCCCCCACUGAUCUCCGCCCACACCGCCUCAUCUCAACUUAACACUCCCCUCACCAGCUCCCCAUCUCCUCACCUCUCACAUCCACACCAGUUCAGCCCACACGCCAAACCCUUCUUCCCCCCUCAGCAUCCUCACUACCCCUCUCACCCCUACCUCUCGCCUCAGUCUUUUCUCUCCCAGCCACCCGGACCCUUCCCCCUCCAGCCACCAUACCAACCCUCAGCACCAGCGCAGGUUCACCUUCCUCCCCCUCAGUCCUUCCCUCAUCCCCCUCCUCCUCCUUCCUCCUCACAGUCUCCACCUCCUCCCCCUCCUCCACCUCCACCUCCUCCUUCUCACCCUUCCCCCUCUGUUUUUUCCCAUCCACCUCCAGGGCCAUUUCAGCAUGAGGAAGAGCAGAAACAGAUUUUUUAGAGGUUUUUGUACAUAAACAUAUUGUUCAAAAUGACUGUACAGUAUAUGGACAAGGCUUGACUUUGGUUGUGUGAUUGUAAAAUGAUGUAAAAAGAAAAAAACAAGGAGGACAAGGGGUGCAUCAGUAUAUGAGUACAGUUUAGUUUAUGAAGCAGAGUUCAACCAUUUGGUUUUACUUUGGAUUGUGCUGAACUGAUUGCGCUCAAGUUAAAAAAAAAAAAUCUAGGAAUUUAUUGCAUUUACUGGUAGUUUUGGCCUUCAUCUGAGUAUGAGGAUAUGGGUGAGAUUCCUCUGGUUGGAAGUCAGGAUGAGUUCUCAAUUUUCACUCAAAAGUCUGCCAAACUGCUGUCUGGGUCUAUUUGUUGAAAUGAGCAUGAUCCUUUCAAAUUUCAGAAAAUCUGUGUGCCAGAAGAGGUAGACAGAAAAACAUUCAGCAAAUGUUGGGUCUGUGGCUUUUUUCUAGUACUGUCUUUGUGCCCAAGACUGUUUCUGGAAUAAUAAUGGGUCAGAUUGCAAUAUUAUACAAUACAUGCAUGUAUUGCUGUAAUAUUGCUACGUUUCCUUUUGUUAUAUUGUAUCAAUACAUCAAUAGUGCGUCGCUGUAUUUGUCCCUAAUAUUGUAUUUUGAGCAAUAAUGCUCUGCAAUAAUCUAUGAUUUUCCAUCAUUGAUAUAUGACAAGGAUCAGUAUUUAUAUACUAACUUUAGAUAUGUGAAUAAAGGUCACUGAAUCAUGUUCACUGAAGAGACAACUUCCAGUAGCUAACUACUAAAAAUAUGUGGUAUCUGCAAGAAAUUACCUUAAUCAGUGUCAGUGUUUAAUUUUCCAUCAAGGAUUCUUAUCAGUUAUUAAAACCAGUGUAACAAUCCAUAGUCUAGUAUCGCUCCUGAAUUACAUCUUAAAAUUACAAUUUACAUUGAGAUGAACUUUUUUUCCUUCAGUGGCACUGCUCUGAGUGUAAUUCACUGUCAGAGUGUGUUGGAUGUUCAGAGGGGUCUCCUAAAUUUGGAAACUAAGCAGUUGGUUGUCAGACAAACAAACUGGAGCUGCUACACUGACAUACUGUGAAAAUUGCAGCAAAACAAAUUAGGAAACCCCUCUUAUUAUUCACAUCCUGAAGAAAAAAUAACCUAAAUCAUAGUUACUCACUGAUGAUUGUAGAUGUGUAGUUGUUUCAGGUGACUGGUCAAAAUUCAUGGAUAUAUUUGUUUAUCUGGAAAAGAAUUUUAAUGCGUACAGCUCCCUGAGAGUUUGCCUGAGAUCUUAUAACAUCUGAAUAAAAAUAUCAAACAUAUAGACAUAAAGACUUCUCAAGUGUGACUCAUUGUAGCACAUCAAUUUGUCACUACUUGUAUUAACAUUGAAAUACACCGAAUUAUCUCAAAUUAUCAACAGGGAAAAGUCAGGUUCUUCCAAAACAAGCAUUUUAAUAUAUUGCAUUCAGGCCUCAGCGCUUCUGUGACAAGUGUUUUUUUAAAUUAUUUUGUUUUUAUGAACACAUGCUCUAAGACACUUUAAAACAGAUGGUACAAUGACGAGUUCAUUCCCAAAGCAUUAUUUAUCUGAUUCAGAAGGUCUUUUUGCUGAAGUUUGUGUGACUCAUUUUCUCUACAGUGUGGAGUAUUAGACAUUUAUGUUUUUAUUUAUCAAGCAGGAACUGAACUGAACUUUUUGUUGAAGAUGUAAGCGCCACCUGUGUGUACAGCCCACUUGCUAUUGUAGCCCACAGCAUUUCCCCAGUGCCUGCCCUUAACUGUGAACUACUAAAUGGUCCAGAGCCGCACAGAGGAGGAGUUCUGUCUGUAGGCUACUUUUCAGGAACUCCAAUCUUAAUGUAUUCACUGGAAAAUGAAAGCAGAGCCUUAAAUUGGCAUCUAAAGCUGCUGAAAACUCUCCAGGUAUCUGCAGUGUAACUUGAGACUAGUCAAACUGUGGCCCAAUGAGAUGAUGACCUACAAACAGGGUGGUGUUUUUCACCAUUAGUCUCACCGCUGGCCUGGAAACAUCUCGGAAAACGAGAAGAUGCAGCUUCAGCUCUCUUGGUCAGUUCGCCUCCAAGGACUUGAUUUCAACAACAGAACUGUUCACUGUGCGGCUCUGGGGAGAGCGGGGUGAUUAUUUAGCUCUUGAUGCCAGUUGUAAGGCGCUCUGCAGCUCUUUUUAAGCUUUUGGGUUUCAGAUGUUACGAAAUAAAAC